CUUCUUCUUUUUAUCCCAUUCUUUUGUUUUAUAUUUAUAUAUAUUUCAAUGGCAGAAUCUGAUCUGUCAAAACAUCGUUAUUAUGGUGGUAUAUUUGCUUUAUUAGGUGUAGUCUUUAUAUGGGUAACUUCUUCUUUUGCCAUGAAUAGUAUUUUUGGUGAAUUACAAUAUAACAAGCCUUUUCUUGUGACCUAUUUGAAUACUGCUACUUUUUCUUUUUAUUUAAUACCAUUUUUAUUUAAAAAUUCAAAGAAAAAGAAUGAAGAAACAAUCAAAAUCUUGAAUACAACUGAAACCAGAUUACAAUUCUCGGAGUUAGAGUCAAGAUCUCAUCUAUCUAUCAAUAAUAAUACAACCAAACUAAGUACCAUGGAAACUAUCAAAUUAAGUUUUGCUUUUUGUAUUCUUUGGUUCUUUGCCAAUUAUACCACAAAUGCAAGUUUGGCUUAUACCAGUGUUGGUAGUAGUACCAUUUUGGCUUCUAUGUCUGGUUUAUUUACAUUGGGAAUUGGGGCUAUGUUUAAUGUUGAAAAAAUUACUUUGAUCAAAUUGAUAUCAGUCUGUGUUAGUUUCAUUGGAGUGAUAUUAGUAUCUUAUUCUGAUCAAAAAACCUAUCCAACUGAACAAGAUCCAACCAUAACAACAAAUAUAUCAUCAGCAUUGAUAGGGGAUAUAUUAGCAUUAUUGGGCGCUGUGUUUUAUGGAUGUUACACCACAAUGUUGAAAGUACGAAUUGGUGAUGAAGAUCGUAUUGAUAUGCCUCUCUUUUUUGGUUUUGUUGGUGCCUUUAAUCUACUCUUAUUAUGGCCAGUUUUUCCUCUUUUGGAUUGGUUAGGCAUUGAAACUUUUCAAUUACCUUUUACUUCUACUUUAUGGUUCAUGGUCUUAUUGAAUGCAUUUAUUGGUACUUUCCUAUCUGAUUAUCUUUGGCUUUUGGCUAUGUUGAUGACUUCUCCUUUAGUAGUCACUUUAGGAAUCUCUUUGACGAUUCCCUUGGCCUUAUUUGGUGAUAUCGUAUUUAAAGGUUUUAUCCCUCAACCUCAUUAUAUUAUUGGUGCUUUAUUGGUCGUUAUUGGAUUCGUUACAGUGAAUAUAGCAGCUUUAAAGGAACGAAAACAAGAACAAGAACAACAACAACAACAGAUACCCGAUCAAAACAUAUCCACCAAUUAUCAAUCUAUAUAAUAUAUAUAUAUUGUAAAUUCUUGUAUUAAUAAACAACCUCGGAAC